AAAAGGGACACGUAGUCGCACACAUAAGCAACAACAUCAUGAAAGAUGAAACUAGAACCCGAAACCAUUUAUUUAUAAUAAAAAAAAAGAGAGAACAAUGCGAUCUUGCCCAACAUUAACUGCAUAUGGUCGCCACUAUUGUGCGCCGCCACGUAGACUCGUCUCCUUAACCUUCACCUCUAUCCACCGCCACAAUUCUGCUCCGUUUCUCAAUUUCAGUCUCUUCACCGCCUUUCGUUCUCCCUUCUCCCGCAUGGAGCAGUUCCAGACCGGAACUGGUUCGACCGGUAAUAAAGCAAUGGUGGAAAAUCUGAAGCGGUUCGGCGUGAUAUCAUCUAAAAAAGUAGCUGAAGUGAUGGAGGCUUUAGAUAGAGGUCUCUUUGUACCAGUUGGAUCUUCAGCUUAUGCUGAUACGCCCUUGCCUAUAGGUUACAACGCCACCAUAUCCGCUCCACAUAUGCACGCCACGUGUUUGCAGCUCUUGGAGGAUAAGCUUCAGCCUGGGAUGCGCGCUUUGGAUGUUGGCUCAGGAACUGGUUACUUGACUGGCUGCUUUGCUCUGAUGGUUGGAGCUGAAGGACGCGUUGUUGGCGUGGAUCAUAUCCCUCAGCUGGUCGAUAUGUCUAUCAAGAACGUCGAAAAGAGUGUUGCUGGUUCUUUGCUUCAGAAGGGAUCUCUCUCCUUACAUGUUGGUGAUGGAAGGAAAGGUUGGGGAGAGUUUGCGCCGUACGAUGCAAUUCACGUAGGAGCAGCGGCAUCAGAGAUCCCUCAGGCGCUUUUGGACCAGCUGAAACCUGGAGGAAGAAUGGUGAUUCCAGUAGGAACAUACUUUCAAGAGCUUAAGGUGAUUGAUAAAAGCGAGGAUGGUUCCAUCAAGGCACGUACUGAAACUUCAGUUAGGUAUGUGCCUCUUACCAGCCGCGUUGAACAGACAGGAGGGUUUUGAAGAAACCAAGCAAGAACACUGCUUCCAACGUCUUAGUGUGCAUAUAGAGGUUGUGUAUGUUCUGUAAUAUAUUUUGAUGGGUAACAAAUAACAAUAUGUUUAUGAACCAACAAAAUAAAUGAGAAUAGUGUUCAAGAAAUAUAACA